CGUCCUUCCGGUUUAUUUCCCACCGAGAGACAGAAAGAAAACAAAAUGCGUUAGCUAAACUUUAUAUAUGAGCUGUGGUUAGUGACAGCUUUAUUACCGCGACGCAUUAUAUUUCACCUAACGCUUAAUUAAAUGUCGUUGUCUUGGACCUUAUAGGUGAGGCUUUAAUAGAAAAGCAACCAUGCAAUUCUCUCCCACCAACGGAGAUUUCACAUUCGUCUCCUCUUCAGAAGCUGAAGACUUCAGUGGAACCAUCAGCACGCCUGAUGUUAAACUGAACAUGGGUAGCGACAGCGGCAAGGAUCCAUACGCCACCACCUUUCUGAGGCAACGAGGGUAUGGCUGGCUGCUGGAAGUGGAAGAAGAAGACAACGAGGAGAGCAAACCUCUUCUGGAUGAGCUGGACAUUGACCUGAAGGACAUCUACUACAAGGUCCGAUGUGUGCUGAUGCCCAUGCCAUCAUUGGGGUAUAACCGGCAAGUAGUCCGAGACAACCCAGAUUUCUGGGGUCCUCUGGCCGUGGUGCUCCUUUUCUCCAUGAUCUCAAUCUACGGGCAGUUCAGGGUUGUAUCUUGGAUCAUCACCAUCUGGAUAUUCGGAUCACUUACCAUCUUCCUGCUUGCUCGUGUUCUUGGUGGUGAGGUUUCCUAUGGGCAAGUUCUUGGAGUGAUUGGAUAUUCUCUUCUUCCUCUCAUUGUCAUAACCCCUCUGCUUUUAGUGAUUGGAGGGUUUGAAGUGGUUUCCACACUAGCCAAACUUUUUGGCGUGUUCUGGGCUGCGUACAGUGCUGCUUCACUACUCGUUGGAGAUGAAUUUAAAACAAAGAAGCCUCUACUCAUAUAUCCCAUUUUCCUAUUGUAUAUCUAUUUCCUGUCUCUGUAUACUGGUGUGUGACUGGAUAAGUCGGAACUGCAGACCUUUUGGCCAUGGACACUGACCCUGGUCAUGGAUGAAAACGUCAAACAACUAAACCCAAGAGGUCUUUUUUUAAGGUGUUUUUUUUAACUCUACAAUUCUAGGCAGUGAGGAUGUGGGGAAUAUAUAUCAUUGUAAAUAUUUUUGUCCCUUUCUCCUUUGCUCAAUAAAAUGAGAUUGAUUUUCCAGCUUGUA